ACAAAAGUGAAACCUCGAAGAAUCCGUCGAACCUCUUCAUUCUCAUCGCCUCUACCUUUUUCGUCUUCUCUGAUCGUCGGAGCCUGUGAUUUCACCACGAGUGCUCAAAACUUUUGCGCUAGCUUCUUCUGCCCAUCGCAUACUUUUCCCCAAAUACUCAUCCACCUUCUCUUCUUCCCAUCACAUCCUCAGAUUCUCACUCUCCGAUCGUCGGACCUUCUCAGCAAUGGCCGGAGCUGGCGGCGACGAGUUCGUUAAAGUAAACGUUUAUCCGAUCGCUGUCAUCACUCUCGAUCGAACCAAAGCUCUUAACGCCAUGAAUCUAGAAAUGGAUUUGAAGUAUAAAAGCUUCCUUGACGAAUGGGAAUCUGAUCCAAGAGUCAAAUGUGUCAUCAUUGAAUGCAGCACACCUCGUGCCUUUUGUGCUGGGAUGGAUAUUAAAGGAGUUGCUGCAGAAAUCCAAAAGGACAAAAACACACCUCUUGUGCAAAAGGUAUUUAUAGCAGAAUAUACUCUGAUAUGCGCAAUUGCUGGUUACAAAAAGCCAUAUAUCUCCCUAAUGGAUGGAAUAACAAUGGGAUUUAGCCUUGGCCUUUCCGGACAUGGUCGAUACCGUGUGAUAACAGAGAGGACGGUUCUAGCCAUGCCGGAAAAUGGAAUUUUGUUGUUCCCAGAUGUCGGGUUUUCAUAUAUAGCAGCUCAUAGCCCUGGGGGAGGAUCUGUUGGUGCUUAUCUUGGUUUAACUGGAAAAAGAAUCCUAAAGCAUCCGCUACAAUUCAACUUUCUAGAUUCCCAACAGCAUCAUGCUAAUAUUUUUUUUUACCAACAUCGUACUAAUACUAGCACGUGAAAAUGAUCCAAACAAACAAAAACACCAAAACAGCCAACACAAAAAAAAAAUAUUAAAGGAUUGAACUAUUUCUUUUGGUUUAGUCUUUGAAGAAAUUUUUGUUUUACAGAAAGUAUUUGUAUAAGGUUAGAUUCAUCUUAAUUUUCAAAUUAUUAAUGGUUACACUACAUUUAAGUUA